GGCUUGUGCGAUAUUCUAACUUGCACGCGCGUUGUUUAUCGCGGCAAAUCGUUGUCCCCGUCCUGGCGGUAUAACUUAGCCGUGAACAGACUUUGGCUGCUCUGCUACAUUCGGGAAGAAAAUUUGAGACGUGUACUCCGAUCAAGCUGCAUUUUCUUUGCAGCACGCUGCCUCGACCUUCUUUUGGCUAGUUGGCCUUUAACGAUGUGUCAGAUGAUCCGUUAAAACAGCCCGGGAGCGGCAGGAGUUGUUCGGACCUGUCACGCCUGUCUGGGCGUUUCAGUGAAACAGCUGAUGGCGACGUCUCUUUUUUAAUUAAUGGCGCGCAUCGGAUCGGCGCAUUAGUGACGCUUCUUUACCUUUAUUUGGUGCCCUAUCACUCCGACAGGAAUUUCAUUUGGACCCGUUCUGUGCCCAGCUUGAAGGAUGGGAAGACGCAGAAGCAAGCGAAAGCCGCCUCCGAAACGCAAGAACAUCGAACCCCUGGAGACGCAGUUUAACUGCCCCUUCUGCAACCACGAACGGUCGUGCGAAGUCAAAAUGGACCGGCAACGGAAUACAGGUCGAAUCACCUGCAGAGUUUGCCUGGAAGAUUUUCAGACGGCGAUAAACUACCUCUCGGAAGCCAUCGAUGUCUACAGUGACUGGAUCGAUGCCUGCGAGAGCGCAAACCAGUAAGGCAGGAAGGACCCCCCUGUCCAUCAUGUACAUAUUGUCCAUAAGAAUCACAGGUGGAAAGGAGUGUCAUCGGAGCGUGCUUGUCCGACCACAAUGUGUGUGUGCGUGUGCAAGAGCUUCCAUCUCUCAGUGUUGUGUCGUCGUCCCACCAAGCGGUGUGCGGACCACAAGCAAGACCCCCCCCUUCCCAGCGCCAUUGGUGUUGUGCCCAUUAGCAUCUGUAAGCCAGUGCCCAGAAGCACACGUAGUGCUACUUCUCCUCAUUUCAUGAUGUGCUGCAGUCUCUUGUAAUGUUCGAUGGUUGGGGAAACCAAUUAAAAUCUGUUUUAUGUUGC